AUCAGCUGAGCGAUGCUGAUCAGCGAAACCUCUUGUGAAAUUGCAAAUCGUCAAACAGUAUAACAAGAGAUUGUGCAAGAACAAAACAAAAUUACCUGUAAAAUUCUCCAAAAAAAUCUCCCGCUAAUCAGUGAAUAAUGGCAUCCAAAGUGGUGGCCACUGCUACGGUGCGUGCUGUUAAGAGGAAACUUAUUCCAACGCGGGCAGCUCUUUCCCUGACACCAGCAGCCGUAGCAAGAGUAAAACAGCUCCUAGAAGGGAAAUCCGAAUAUAUUGGUCUCAAAGUUGGAGUACGGCAAAGGGGCUGUAACGGGUUGAGUUAUACGCUUGAUUACGCUACUUCAAAAGAUAAACUAGACGAAGAGGUGGUACAAGAUGGUGUCAAAGUAUUGAUAGACAAAAAAGCACAACUUUCGCUUUUAGGCACUGAGAUGGACUAUGUAGAAACCAAAUUGUCCGCGGAGUUUGUUUUUAACAACCCCAACAUCAAAGGCACUUGCGGCUGUGGAGAAUCGUUCAGCAUCUAGGGCGGUGGUCGAAAAAAUUGUAGAGUGAUAACCAAUAAAUUAUGAGCAUGUCAGACAUACUUAGCCUAAUUUGUUUAAGUAGACUUUUUGAAGCAAUUAUCGGUUUUAUUCUUUUAUCAUAAUUUAUGUACAGUUUGACGGUUUGUAAUUGACACUGCAAACGCCUUGCUCGAUAGGACCGACUUUUGACCGAAAAUCUCGCAAAUAUAGCAAAAUGCAAAGGCGUUGAGGCUAUUGUUUGUUAUAUGCAUGGCUUAAUGGCUUUAGCUUACUUUUGAAUAUAUGUUCAUAUCAACACGAAAGUUGUUGUUUUUCGGAUAACCAACCAAAAUGGUAUAUUAGACAUACCAAGGUACAUACGUAAUGCCUGAAGAUCAUAGACACAAAAUAUGUUGAAAAAUAGACUAAUUCGAACUAAAAAUUGCAAAAAAAAUCCACGUAGUUUUUGUGUGGUUUGAACCCACGUCUCCCCAAUUUCGCUAGACAGGGUGCGUUCGCCAACUUCGCCAUUUUUUGUCUAUGAACUUUAGGCAUUACAGAUAAAACUUACAUAUAAAACUAGAGAGCCAUUUGGCUGUGCACAUGAAAAAGAGAAAAAAUAAUAUAGAUGAAAGUAUGUUGAUUUAAA